CCGUCGACGACAUCCACUGUCUUCCCUCGUCUUGAGCCAGCAGCCACAGCCAAUCAUCCUGUCUGCUUGGCAGUGACUCUUUUUUCCAAUAUUGUUGAUUUUCUUCAUUCUUGUAUUGGUUGCAUCGAUUCAUUCUUGUCGUUGUUAUUGCUUUCUGCCGUCGCUCCUUUGUCUACCUCUUUCCCUCUUCCCGCAACGUCCCACUUCGUUGGACCUGGUCGACUUCAUCACUGCGGCGAAGAACUGAUUGCGGCGGACAUCCUGAAAUUAAGGGACGACAUCCAUUGAGUGAAAAAUUGGGAGCAACUUCCUACGGUCGGCUUUCCGUUUUGUACCACUGCGGCUCGGUCGGCGCAUUCUCGUCGAUACAGCAGCUACCUUGGCUUCAGUUUCCGGAAGACCCAGGGGUAUUUGAUUGCCUCCUUUCGAACUUGCUUCUGUCGAGGGCGGCAUUCAUAUGGCAGAGAACAAGCGCCACGGUGUCGGAGUGAAAGCACCAGCGCAAGGUCCCUCGGGUGCAGCUACGAGUGCGGGAAUGGCAGCUGCCAUGGUGCCGUUGGAAGUGGCAUUGAGCGGCGCAAUUGGCGCACGCAUUCGCAUUAGUACUGCACCCCCCACAUCUUCUACGAUCGAGGGCACUCUAUUCACCGCCUGUCCCAUCACAAAUCUCGUUGCUAUCAAUACAGCCGACGGCAAACAGACACAAGCGGGCGAUUACCGCAUUAUCCCGGUAUCGCGGAUCCAGUCAUUCCAGCUCCUGUCUCUUGCUCCCACUGCCAACUCCGCUGAAGGGCCCUCCUUCUCCGAUGCCGUGCCUCCGGUGCAUGCGCUUGACAUUCGAGCCUUGAGGGCUCGAGAGGCCAGCGCCAUAGCUAAAAUGCAGGAGAGCGAAGCGCGGCGUGGAAAGGGUGUCACGAGGGAGGCACAGGAGAUCUUCGAUGCGUUUAGCCGCACAAUGCCGGCACGGUGGGACGGACCCAACAUUGUCGUGGCGGACGCCGUCAUUAUUGCGCCUCCUUAUCAUGUAGAUGAUUGCCGAUCAAUCGUGGCCGGUGAUACGGCUGCUCUGACCAGAGUGCGCAAAGUGCUUGAAAUGGAGCGCAAGAAGAUUGAACUUCGCAAUGCCAGUACGACGAUCGGCACGGCAGGGGCCUUUUCACGCUCUGCAUCGGUCAAGGAUACUCGGAACUCAGCUAGCGCAAGUCCUUCACCCGGGCCGGGUGCUGCUGGGCAGAGGAAAGGCGGUUAACGUGGAUCUGAAUUUUCAGAGGCUUACUCCCUAGGCAUAAUCAAGGCGACGGUAUGUGGGGUGAAACCACCUGUCACGCCAAAAUAGAGCAAGCAUAUUGCAGGAGAAUAGGGCCUUGGACGACAUGAUGCAUUUAACCAGACAGAUAGAAGAAGGUGGUGAUAUGGAAGACGAAAUAUAGCAACGGACAACAACAUACAUUGAAGAGCUCGCCGGAUGCUGAGCUGUCUCAAUUCCUAUGAAGGCAGGGUGGUCGGGGAGGGAAUAGGAUGCAAGUGUCCCUGGCUGGUAGACACUUGCCCAAACCAACCUAAGUGAUCAUACGAACAAUUCAA